AUGCAGAGAGCCCUCGGUUCCAGGACCUCCGUCCUUUCCGCUGCUUCCAAGCGCGCCCCUCUCUACAGAUCCUCCGGUGUCAACCUGCAGCAGCAGCGUUUUGCCCACAAGGAGCUCAAGUUCGGCGUUGAGGCUCGUGCUCAGCUCCUCAAGGGUGUUGACACCCUUGCCAAGGCUGUCACCUCCACCCUCGGUCCUAAGGGUCGCAAUGUCCUUAUUGAGUCUCCCUAUGGCUCCCCCAAGAUCACUAAGGACGGUGUGAGCGUCGCCAAGGCCAUCACCCUCCAGGACAAGUUUGAGAACCUCGGUGCCCGCCUCCUCCAGGAUGUCGCCUCCAAGACCAACGAGAUUGCUGGUGACGGUACCACCACUGCCACUGUUCUCGCCCGUGCUAUCUUCUCUGAGACCGUCAAGAACGUUGCUGCUGGUUGCAACCCCAUGGAUCUCCGUCGCGGUAUCCAGGCUGCCGUUGAUGCCGUCGUUGAAUACCUCCAGCAAAACAAGCGUGACAUUACCACCGGUGAGGAGAUCGCUCAGGUCGCUACCAUCUCCGCCAACGGUGACACCCACGUCGGCAAGCUCAUUUCCACUGCUAUGGAGAGAGUUGGCAAGGAGGGUGUGAUCACCGUCAAGGAGGGCAAGACCCUUGAGGAUGAGCUUGAGAUCACCGAGGGUAUGCGUUUCGACCGCGGUUUCACCUCCCCCUACUUCAUCACCGACACCAAGGCCCAGAAGGUCGAGUUUGAGAAGCCCUUGAUCCUUCUCUCUGAGAAGAAGAUCUCCGCCGUCCAGGACAUCAUCCCUGCCCUCGAGGCCUCCACCACCCUCCGCCGCCCCCUCGUCAUCAUCGCUGAGGACAUUGAGGGUGAGGCUCUUGCCGUCUGCAUCCUGAACAAGCUCCGGGGUCAGCUUCAGGUUGCUGCCGUCAAGGCCCCCGGCUUCGGUGACAACCGCAAGAGCAUCCUCGGUGACUUGGCCGUCCUCACCAACGGUACCGUCUUCACCGACGAGCUCGACAUCAAGCUCGAGAAGCUCACCCCCGACAUGCUCGGAUCCACUGGCUCCAUCACCAUCACCAAGGAGGACACCAUCAUUCUCAACGGUGAGGGCAGCAAGGACAACAUCGCCCAGCGCUGCGAGCAGAUCCGCGGCGUCAUGGCCGACCCCGGUACAUCCGAGUACGAGAAGGAGAAGCUCCAGGAGCGCCUUGCCAAGCUCUCCGGUGGUGUUGCCGUCAUCAAGGUCGGUGGUGCCUCCGAGGUUGAGGUCGGUGAGAAGAAGGAUCGUGUCGUCGAUGCUCUGAAUGCCACCCGUGCCGCUGUUGAGCAGGGUAUCCUUCCCGGUGGUGGUACUGCCCUUCUCAAGGCCUCCGCCAACGGUCUUGGCAACGUCAAGACCGCCAACUUUGACCAGCAGCUCGGUGUCAGCAUCAUCAAGAACGCCAUCACCCGCCCUGCCCGCACUAUCGUUGAGAACGCCGGCCUUGAGGGCAGCGUCAUCGUCGGCAAGCUCACUGAUGAGUUCGCCGGCGACUUCAACCGUGGUUUCGACAGCUCCAAGGGCGAGUACGUCGACAUGAUUGCCACCGGUAUCGUCGACCCUCUCAAGGUUGUCCGCACCUCUCUGGUUGACGCCAGUGGUGUUGCCUCUCUCCUCGGUACCACCGAGGUCGCCAUUGUUGAGGCUCCUGAGGAGAAGGGUCCUGCCGCUCCCGCUGGCAUGGGUGGUAUGGGUGGUAUGGGCGGCAUGGGCGGUGGCAUGUUCUAA